AUGGCUGCCAACCGAAAUGAGUGGCGUUCUGGUUGUCAUUUCCAGUUGCCUGAGUGGGUGUCUGGUGGUGCACGCUUGGGCAACUUGGCAGUAUCCCAGCCCUCGUGCUUCCUUCGGGUAGCAUGGCAGCUAGGCAACGGAAGGGUGCUACAGCUGAACGCCAUUUCACCGAGCUUGUCAGUUGAAUCGCAUGCGUUUCAUCACCAGCUGAGUCUUCGACUUGGGGUUAAAAUGCUUCACAGAGGAAGUAUGACCGCAUGUAUGGACAUUCGGCACGCGUUUAUUCGUGGGCCGAACCAACUGACUGAUGCAAUUAAUCAACAACUACUUGGAGGGCAAUAUGUCAAUGGAGUAUACCAAGUACCAUGCAGUAAGCGUGAUUCUUAUCCACCGGUUACUUUCGUGGCUGGACGAUACAGACUCACGUUGACAUGGAAACAAUAUAUCAUAAUGGUGAGUGCGAAGAUUGCCAAAACAGUCGAAUCCAGCGGCUGGCACUACGAUUCAAAACAAUUCUAUUUUUCACUGUCUGAACGAUCACCCAAGACAUCAAACCGAAAUAAUCACCGACUAAACUCAAACGGUACGGCCCACGUUGCAGCAUUCAGUGUCUGCACUCUGUGUCAAAUCAGGAAAAAGGCAUCUCUCGUCGAAACCUUGUUUUCCUUAUCUGUCGAUGCCUGUUGUAUCUUGGAAACACGAAUACAAGACUUAACUUUGGUCGUGCAUCUCAGCCACAGGGAUGAAAGUGCUGUACUGGAUUGGAUCCCAGUAACCAGUCAUCCUUGCGGUUUGCGGUUGUCUGGUUCAAGUAAGAUUGAUGAAAGAUGUAACGGUAAACCAUGUUUGUCCGUUGAAUUAGCAUACCUUCCAGCAGACUGCAGUUCUGAGACUGGGAAGGGCGUGUGUUUUCGAGAUCUCAAGACUGUUCCGGUCAACAAGAAUGACGGAUAUAACAAUUUUGUCGGAUAA